UCUCCAGACCCUUUGUUGGUAAAGUGAGCAGCGUUCCGAGUGCGCUCAGCAAAGCCUCGUGCAGUGCUGCAGUCUGAAGGUGGUGCCGUCCGAGGGUCGGGGUAACGCGGUGCUUUUUAGCGUGGAUGUUGUCUGUGAGUUCUGACAGAGCUGGCAAAGCCCGGGUUAGCAGAGGAUCACUGAGUUUUCCCUUGAGUUUUGCUGUUUGUUGACACCAGCAUCAUCCAUCAGAUAGUUUUAUUGACAGUGCACCGAUAACAGUUACAGUUGGCAUAAAUACUGUUCUACAGAUGCUGACUGAAAAUGAAUAAAGACAAGCAAGCUGAUGAGGACGAUGAUGACAGCGAGCUGUUCGAAGACUUCACAGAGCAUUUUAACCAACUUGAACUGCUGGAGACACACAGGCAUUUGAUUCCUGUGGGAACUCAGAGCUGUUGGUCAGGACAGUCUGAUGAUGAUGAUGAUGAGCAAGAAAGAACGGAGGAAUGGUACGAAAUGCAAGAAAAGAAAAUGGAAAAACAUCCAGAGAAAUUGCUACUUUGGGCAGCUGAAAACAAUCGGCUGGGUACGGUGAAGAGGCUCCUGACGGAAAAGCUGGCUCCCGUGAACGCUCGUGAUGAGGAUCAGUACACUCCUCUGCACCGAGCUGCCUACAGCGGGCACCUGGACGUUGCACACGAGCUGGUGGCCCAAGGGGCCGACGUGCACGCGCAGACCGUGGACGGCUGGACGCCCCUGCACAGCGCCUGCAAGUGGAACAACACCAGCGUGGCCGCGUUCCUGCUGCAGCAGGGCGCGGACAUCAACGCGCAGACAAACGGGCUGCUGACACCCCUGCACAUCGCUGCAGGAAACAAGAACAGCAGGGAAACCCUUGAGCUCCUGCUGAUGAAUCGCUACGUGAAGCCAGACUUGAAAAACAACUUGGAUGAAACUGCCCUUGACAUUGCAAGGAGGACUGAUAUAUAUCACUACCUUUUUGAAAUAGUAGAAGACUGCAUAAACACUGUGUCCCCCUAAAAGCUUGUGAAUGUGAGGUUUUCUGCCUCUUUCUUGUUAGUGUUCUGCAUGCCUGUCGCUGGUGGUCUGUCUCUUUGUAACGAGGUUUUAACAUAAGAUAUUUCAGUAUUCUCCUCAGGCAAAAUGUCACCUCCUGCAGCGCAGUUCAGUGGUCACGCUCGUACUUUGAAGCGUUCCUGCAGUUAGCCGAGGUGGUCAGAAAGUCUCAGUAAUUCCUGUGAGUUUCUGUUUAAUAAGUGCAGAUUUGGAGAGGGCUUUGUAUGUUGUCUGUAGUGUCAAAGCAGGAGGGAAAACUGGAAUAUUUACUUGAUGUGAAAAAAUUCUGGCUUGGUUAUGCAGACUUUAUUACGGCUCACUUGAAAAUUAUUUUUUGAGAAAUUCUAACUUUUUUAAAACUGCAUGAAAGCUCAGAAUGAAUGUAACUUAUUUGGGUGAUACACAAAAUGUUUAAUGAACCUAAUGUAAGGCUUAUUAUAAAAUAAAAUGUUUAACUCAAAGUA